AUGUCAGAACAACAAAUCAACUUGCGCUUCCAGGCACAUUUGCGCACCCCCUCGCCGGACCCGGACGCUGGUCUUCGUGGCCUGAGCCACUAUGAGCGCAGACUGCCGAAAUGGCGGUAUCAACUGCGACAACGGCUGAUACCGGUUGUGCGGUGGGAAACACCGUACCUCGCAAAGCUACAGCAAGGACUACGAGCGCCCCUCUUGGAUUCAUACUUUGCCAUCACGGCCAACUUGGGAACGCAUACCUUUUUCAUGACUGCGCUGCCUAUCUGCUUCUGGUGCGGCUACGAUGACCUCGGCGUUGCGCUCGUGCAAAUGCUAGCGGCAGGCGUGUAUCUGAGUGGUUUCGCCAAGGAUUUGGUAUGUCUACCAAGGCCGCUGUCUCCGCCUUUACAACGCAUUACCAUGUCUGGCUCCGCUGCUCUUGAAUACGGCUUCCCAUCAACACACACGACAAAUGCGGUCUCUGUCGCGGUCUUCUGCCUGUACAACCUGUGGGACGCGCAAGACCAAUACUCGCCAUGGCACUUUCGACUCUUGAUCCUAGCUUGCAUGUGCUAUGCCACUUCGAUUAGUCUUGGUCGUAUGUAUUGCGGCAUGCAUGGCUUCUUCGAUGUCGUAUUCGGAGCAGCGUUGGGUGCACUUAUCGCAAUCGGGAGAGUGCUCUGUGGUCCGGUGUUCGAUGCUUGGAUUAUCGCGGGCGGCUGGAUCAGAAUCACCGCCACUGUUACGGCGCUCGCUUUGACCGUACGCUUUCAUCCCGAGCCAGCAGACAAUUGUCCGUGUUUCGACGACAGCGUGGCCUUUGUCGGAGUUGUCAUGGGCGCCUGCAUUGCUACGUGGCACCGCGCCAGAUGGCUUACUGGCACUGUACAUCCGGACAUCGCGCUCGCAGAUAUGUAUCCCUUCUCCAACCGCGAUCUCAGCAAAGCUGCGGCAAGACUGGUCCUGGGUAUUGUGUUGAUCUUUCUCUGGAGGGCAUCCAUGAAGCCCCUCCUGCUGCGAGGGCUCCCUCCAGUCUUCCGAUUCGUGGGUCACUACGGACUCAGGAUACCACGCCGAUAUUUCCUCCAAUCCAGGGACUACAGCACAGUGCCACCUUUACGAAAGGACGACAAAGUCUUGCCACCUGCGUCCGAGAUCCCCGCCAUGCUAUCUUCGAUCCGUCGGCGGAAGAGGACCAUAUCUGUUGGACCACAAUCAGAAGCCGAUGCCAGAGAGUUCAUCGCAAACAGACAGCAACAGCGACGAGAUGGAAAGUCUCCAGUCAGAUCCAAAGCAAGCUCGCCGCCAGAUUCGAACUUGACGGAGCCUUCAACCCCUGCCAGAGGCACCGUCAUCACACCGGCCCACUCACCCGAAAGCAGCGCGACAACGGCGACCACCGAUUACCUAUCCGUGCAUCCAAGUAACACUCACCUCUCCACGCCUUCGAUCCUGGUGAAUGCGCCAGUCACUCCUCCGGCCAGCGAUAAUGGUGCAGCAAGUGACAGUGGGCGGGAAGAUGAGAAGAACGAUCGGAAGAUGUUCUCGAUGCUGGAAAAGCCUCGAAUCCGAUACGAUGUCGAAGUCAUCACGAAGCUGGUUGUGUAUGCGGGCAUUGCAUGGCUAGCUGUAGAGGGUAACCCGAUCCUUUUCGCCAAGCUUGGAAUCGUAUGA